UCAGCCACAGAAGAAAAAUGGCGACUCCGUGAGCAGCCAGCGCAGACACCGGGCUAACGUUUCCAGACCUCGCGCCGACAAGACCCGCGAGCAUCACUGGAUUUCCCCCACCGUCUUGGCCCCCACUGCUUCGGCUGCGUGGGGGCGCCGCAUUCGCUCGCCUCCGCGACAGCCACUCGCGCGCACAGAAGUUCGCAUUGUAAGAGAAUAGCGAUCGCCGAUCAUGAGAGGGAAGAGAGGCAGGCCGCCCGCACCGCAGCCGUCCGAGGAGCCCUCGCCUGCUACCACCCGCGGACUGCGACCCAGGAGGAAUAUCAAGCCCAGGGCGAGAGACAGCGGGGAUGAGGAGCCCGACAGCCCCGUGAGGGAGACGAGCAAGCCGAACAGAAAGAAGAAAGCGGGGUCCAUCCCGUCAACACGGGGCAGGGGACGAGGCAGAGGCGGCAGAGGUAGAGGUAGAGGGGGUCGCGGUGGAAGGCGCUCGGCUCCCUACAAAGCGGUGGUGUACGACGACCAUGAGAGCGAAGAGGAGGACGAUGCUGUGAGCCUGAGGUCUGAGGAGUUCGUAGAGGAGCCCCAGUCUGAGGAGGACGAGGCCCUGAAAGAGGAUUCGGAUUGUCUGGAAGAUGAUGAUGUGCUUGGAGCAGAAGAGGAGGAAGAGGAGGAGGUGGAGGAUGAUGCCAGCUACUGUACCGAGAGUAGCUUCAGGAGCCACGCCAGCACACCGGGGAGGAAAAGAGGCCGUGCUCCACGGCCACGAACCCCUAUUCUGGAGGAGAAAAACGUUCCCUCUCUCGAGCUUCCCAAGACUUCCGAGGAUCUCCUGGUGCCUAAUGAAGAACUGCUGAAUGCGAUCUCUGUCUAUGAGGUGCUGCGGAAUUUCAGCACUGUGCUCCGGCUGUCCCCCUUCCGCUUUGAGGAUUUCUGCGCCGCCCUGACAGGACAGGAGCAGUGCACUUUAAUAGCAGAGACACACAUCUCUCUGCUGAAGGCCAUCCUGCGUGAGGAGGACACCUCCAACACGACCUUUGGACCUGCCGACCUCAAGGACAGUGUCAAUUCCACUCUGUACUUCAUCGAUGGCAUGACGUGGCCGGAGGUGCUGCGGGCCUAUUGUGAAAGUGACAAAGAGUACCACCACGUCUUGCGUCACCUGGUGGUGGAUGAGUAUCCGUAUGGGCCGCUUGAAACAAAGAUCAGGGUCCUUCAGUUCCUGGUGGAUCAGUUCCUUGCGACCAACAUUGCUCGGGAGGAACUGAUGUCAGAUGGCGCCAUGCAGUACGACGACCACUGCCGCGUGUGCCACCGGCUCGGCGACCUGCUCUGCUGUGAGACCUGCUCGGCCGUUUACCACCUGGAGUGUGUGAAGCCUCCGCUCACUGAGGUCCCGGAGGACGAGUGGCAGUGUGAGAUCUGCGUGGCGCACAAGGUGCCUGGAGUCACGGACUGCGUGGCCGAGGUGCAAAAGAACAAGCCCUAUAUCCGUCAGGAGCCCAUUGGAUACGAUCGGCACCAGAGGAAGUACUGGUUCCUAAACAGAAGGAUUAUAGUCGAGGAAGAUGGCGAGCACGAGAAGAAGAAGAUCUGGUACUAUAGCACUAGAAGUCAGCUGGAAGAGCUGAUGUUCUUUCUGGAUAAGGAGUACUGGGAGAUGGACCUCUGCGCCACUCUAGAGGAGAUGAAGGAGGAAGUUCACGCUCACAUGGACAUCACGGAGGAGCUGACCAGCAAAGCACGUGGAAGCACAAAAGCCUACCUCACUGCUUCUAAUGAAGAAAUCAUGGAGCGACUGAAGAGCUGUCGAGCGUCGGAGGAAGAGAAGAAGCAGCAGGAAGCAGCUUUGAAGUCGGAAGCUGAAGCUGGAACCAUCAUCACGGCUGAGGAGAGAUCAGAGCUCCAGGCUGGAGGACACGAAGACUCGCAGCCUGAGGAGGUGUCAGAAGAGCCCACAGCGCCCCCUGCUGAGCAGGAAAGGGACUCAAACAUCAGCUCAGCUGCCCCAGAAGCAGUUCUGGCUGAGUCACAAGGAGAGUCUCAGGAAGGUGGGGAUUCCCCUGCAGAGCCACUGCAGCAGAGAGUUGAGGACCAAAAGUCCAGUGGUGACAAGGAACACCUCGCAGCUAAAGCUGAACAAACCCAACUGAACCCAGAGUCCCGCUCCAGGAGUGCGGAGCCGCCGGACCUGCACGACCCGUCCUCACACUCGUCCUUCACCAGCCAGGACGGGACAGAAGAGUACAACCUGAAGAUGAGCAAGGCUGGCCAGGACUCGAACCAACCGCCCACCAUAGGCAGCAAAGAGUCGUCACCUUCACGUUCAGACUCUGAAGCAUCGUUUCUCAGCUUGUUCAGGCGAGAACCCCCCGCGGCUCAGGGCUUGUUCAAACUGGGUCAGGAGGGAAAGUACCGGGUCUACCAUAACCAGUACAGCACCAACGUACUGGCACUCAACAAGCACCAGCACCGCGAGGACCACGACAAGAGACGGCACCUGUCCCACAAGUUCAGCCUGACCACCGCCUCAGAGUUCAAGUGGAACGGCGUCGUCUAUGGGUCGCGGGGCGUCACAGUCAGCACCCUGCGUCUCACCAUCAUCCAGCUGGAGACCAACGUCCCACCCCCCUUCAUGCACCCCAACUGGGCCUCACACAGAACCAACUGGAACAAAGCGGUGCAGAUGUGCAGCAAGGCCCGAGAGUUUGCAUUGGCACUAGCCAUCCUUGAGUGUGCCAUUAAACCUGUGGUCACGCUGCCUGUCUGGAAGGAGUCUCUAGGGCACACCAGGCUUCACCGCAUGACCUCCAUGGAGCGUGAGGAGAAGGAGAAGGUGAAGAAGCGGGAGAAGAAGCUGGAGGAUGAAGAGACGCUCCAGCAGGCCACCUGGGUGAAGUACACUAUUCCCAUCAAGCACCAGGUCUGGAAGCAGAAGGGGGAGGAGUACCGGGUGACCGGGUAUGGUGGCUGGAGCUGGGUCAGCAAGACCCACGUCCCACGCUUCGUUCCUCGGCUGCCAGGAAAUACCAACGUCAACUACCGCAGGGACCUGGACGCAUCUAAAACCAGGCAGGAAGCGUCUAAAGUUCAACUUGAGAAGAAAGAAAACGAUCCUGGGAUCAUGCUGGAAGAGGAAACGGCUGGAGUUAAUGGGGAGGAUGUGACGAUUGAGAGUCCUGCUGAGAAUGGACAUGCAGAGAAGGAGAAAACCAAUGAUGAAGAGGAGAAGAUGGAAACUGACCAUGACUCUGUUACAGCUGUGCCAGGAGAAGACUCGUCAGCCGUGCAGCCGACCAAACAAGAGUCUGUCCCGCUGAAUCAGCAGGAGGAGCCGGCCUCCUCCAAGAUCUUCUAUGACGUGGUCAACGUCAGCGAAGGCUUCCAGCUGCGCACUGCCUACAAGAAGAAGGUGAAGCCCUGCAAGCUGGACGGACUGCUGGAGCGGCGGGUCAAACAGUUCACCUUGGAAGAGAAGCAGAGACUGGAGCGGCUGAGACAGGCAGCGCUGCUGUCCAGAAUGUCUGCGGCCACGACUCCGGGCAGAGUGAAGACUGAAGCGCCUUCAGAGGUGCAGCCUGGGACUGUCAAGAAGGAGGAGAGCGACCCGGUGGUUAAAAAGCUAGACUUUGGUCCGGAACAGACGGGGAACCCUUCAGAGGACCACAAAGAACUUAAUGGUGGCUCCUUGAUCAGCGAUGGACUCGUCAAUGACUGUGUACCUGAGCCCAAACCCAGCGUGGGCCAAGUGACUGAGAGUACCAAGAAACGCAGCCAUGAGGAGAUGGAGAUGACGCACGUCGAAGAGCAUCCAGACAAGACUGGCGUGCAGGUGAACGGGGACACUGCAGACUCCAAACCGGCAGAUCAGUUGAAGGAUCCUCUAAAGUCGCUGGUGAACGGGAACAUGGAUCAGAACGACGUGUCCGAUGGAGAUCAUCCUCCUCCGCUCAAGCUUCCAAAGUUGGAGAACCAUGUGGUGGAGAGCAGAUGUUCUUUCAGUUCCAACGUAAACCAUGACGGUACUCUGAGCUGCAAGACCCAGUCUCCAGAUUCUGCCCCGAUCCACACAAACAAAACCGAAAGUGUUGCCUCUGUUAGUGCUUCUAAUUCAAGCAUGACCCCAGGUACCACUGUGACCCAGAAGACCAGAACCACCAGCUGCACUACCACCACCAUCAGCAAGGAGUACACCACCAAAGACAGAGUCAGCCUUCUUAAGUUCUCCAAGUCGAAAAAAUCUCGGUCCGGGACGGCGCUGCCUUCCUACCGCAAGUUUGUCACGAAGAGCAGCAAGAGGAGCAUCUUCAUUCUCCCCAACGAUGACCUGAAGCGUCUCGCCAGGCGGGCGGGCAUUAGGGAGGUUCCCAUCUUCAACUACAACGCUAAACCUGCUCCUGAUAUCUGGCCUUACCCCUCACCAAGACCCACCUUCGGCAUCACCUGGAGGUACCGUCUGCAGACCAUGAGGUCUCUGGCGGGAGUAGGUCUGAUGCUGCGGCUGCUGUGGGCCUGCCUGCGCUGGGACGACAUGGCGGUCAAGGCCCCCAUUGGUGUCGGGACCACUCGCAAGAAAACGACGGAAACCGACAUCAUCACCACCGAGAUCAUCAGGAGAAGAGACGUGGAGCCGCACGGCAUCCGAUCAGAAUACUGCAUCAGGAAGAUCAUCUGUCCUCUGGGAAACCGGGACACCCCCAAAGAGACCCCAACCCCGCAGAGGAAGGGUUUGCGCUCUAGCGCGUUGAGGCCCAAGAAGCAGGAGCCGGUCAAGCAGCUUGGUCCUGUCGCGGUGGAGACCUGGGUUCCUGAGGAGGAUCUGGAGCUGUGGGAGAUCAGGGCUUUUGCUGAAAGGCUGGAGAAGGAGAAGGCUCAAGGCAUCGACUCAUCCAAGUCCAAUAGUCUGAAGACUGCAGAGGAGGUUAAGGCCCACCUGGAGAACCAGCUGAAGCAGGCUCGCCUGGCUGCCCAGCAGAAACGCCUGGAGCUGCCGAAACCCAUCACGCCGUCGCCUCUCUCCACCCCCACAAGCGCCGUCUCCACUCUGCUCUGCACUCCUCCAUCCCAACAGAGGCCCAGCACUGUCACACCUGGGACAAAAAUGGUCCUGGCCUCCAAGCUGAGCUCUUCUGUCCCACUGCAGCAGGACAAAAACUUUCACCAGUCCUUUGCAUCCUGGGUCAAACAAGGACAGUCCAGCAGCAGCAGCACAGGUGAGCAGAAGGUCCAAAGUAUUUUUCCAUCCGGACCUCCGGCCAACCUGCGAACCUACAGCACGCUGCACCCCACCACUGGCAACCUGAACCUCAGAGCCUCCAGUUCUGCCUCAUCGCCCCAGAACCAGCCCGCCCGAGUUGGAGGACUGACCCAGGGCAGCACGGCCCCCCAGGUGUCUGUGUCUCCUGCUAUAGGUCCUGCUCAACAAGGCCCUCAGCAGGUGGUCUGUGGCUCCUCUGUCCCAGCCACUACUGCUCAGAAAACUGGACCCGCCCAACCUGUGGGGGCCUCCCCUCAGCCGGCCCGGCCACAGCAGGGUCAAGUCAAGCUGACGAUGGCUCAGCUCAUGCAGCUGACCCAGAGUGCCCAGGGGGGUAACCCAGGUUUAACGGUAGUGAUCCAGGGUCAGGGCCAGACCCAGGGCCAGCUACAGAUCAUCCCACAGGGAGUUUCGGUUGUCCCUGGUCCAGGGCAGCAGCUCAUGCAAGCGGCGAUGCCCAACGGUCAAGUCCAGCGCUUCCUCUUCACCCCCAUUCUGCAAACGUCCCCGGUGUCCACCGCUGUCCCCGCCACCAUUCCCCCACCCCAGCCCACCGCCAUCCACACUGCACCUACCCCCAUCCAGCCCAGGGCUCAGGUCCAGACCACGCCCUCGGGUAUCACCCAGACCCAGAUGGCCGCGCCUGUCCCAGCACCUCUGCAGCAGAAUCCUCCACCGAUUUCAGUUCAGACCCACAUUGCGCCUGCAGUGGUGCCACAGGACCCAGGUUCUGCACAGACCCUUGUACAAACACACCAGUCCGCAGUGACCACUCAGAACCACUUUUUCACCCAUGCGCCAGCAGCUUUGGUGGGCCCACAACCCGGGGUCUCCUCCCCCACACCCGCUCUGGCUCCAGCACAACCUGUCCUGUCUAACGCUGCCCUGGUCACCACUCAUGUCCAAGCCCCGGCCUCAUUCCCAGCACAGAGCUCCACACCCCUCUCCAGUCUGGCUCCGACACCAUCCCAUGUCCACACGACGACCUUUGCCCGACACCCGGCCCAGAUUCAAGUCAGCUCUGCAGUGGUGUCUGUCAACACUCCGACACAAAUAACACACUCUUUGCCCUCCCAAGUCCCUGCGCCGACCCCGGCCCUCGCACCCGUCUCCACCCCGGUCCUGGCGGUCGCUUCAUCCCACGUGCUCAUUCCACCCUCAGCCAAACCUCUGGCACCAGUCCAGGACACCACUCCUGCUCCUCUUCAUGCUGCCGUGGCUGCAGCCGUGGUGACCCCCGUCACAGCCACCUCCACCACACCGUCAGUGCCAGCUCUCCUGGACCAGUCAGGGGCCCGGAAUCCCUCCUUGUCACCCCAGAAGGUGGCACCACUGAUCCAGUCACCUGGACCCACACCCACCUCAAAAGACCCCGCCUCCCAGACUCCUCUCUCCCCUCAGUCUCAGGCACAGUUCCAGAGCCCAGGUUCUGGUUCCAUCCCACAGUUGUCUCACCUUCCCGUCUCAGCGGUGCAGGUUCACAUGACCGGACUGCCCGUGUCCACUGUGGUCACGCCGGUCAGACCCCCAGCAGCCCCACUGCAGCCCCAGCCUCAGACACCGAUGAGAGCCCAAAUUCAGGUCCAAAACUUUGGUCAGUUGCAGCAGAUGCCACACGCGCAGAUCCAGCCCCAGUCACAGGUCCACCCCCAGAUCCGAGUCCAGUUCCAAGCUCAGCCCACGACACAGGUCCAGCCCCUCGCUCACAUCCAACCUCACAUACGGUUCCAGACGCAGCCCCAGGUCCAGACCUCAGGACACGUCCACCCUCAAGUUCCCGGUGCACUGCAAGCACAAACCCAGAGCCAGCAUCCGGUUCCAAUUCAGCCUCAGAUACAGACUCCGUUAGCCCAGGUUCAAGUCCAGUUUCAGCAACAGAACCCUCCUCACACUCCGCAGCAGGGCCAAGUCCAGAGUCAGCCUCAUUUUCAAGUCCACUCUCCCCCAACCCCCCAAGUGCAGCAGCAGCUGCAGGUCCAAACACAACCUCAAGUCCAGGCCAAGCUCCAGGUCCAGUUCCAGCCUCAGGCUCCAAGUCCAGUUCAGGCACAACCCCAGAUUCAGGUCCAGUCACCGAUCAGACACCAGCUCAUCACGGUACCGAGCAUUCAGCAGCCGGUCCAGCUGCUGUCGGCUCUGCCGGCUCACGUAGCCGCACAGAUCCAGGCCCAGCUCCAGGCCCAGCAGCAGGGGGGUUCCAUGCCACAGCAGAUCAAACUGCAGCUGCCCAUCCAGAUCCAGCAGACGAGCGGUCCCAUCCAGACACACCAGAUCCAAAACAUGGUGACGAUACAGGCGCCAGUGGGCGUGCAGGAGCAGAUCCAGAGGAUGCAGCAGCAGCAACAACAACAACAACAACAACAACAACAGCCACCAAAGAAGAAGAAGCAGCUCGAUACAAAAAGGGACCAGAAGGACCGGAGUCUGCAGAAAGCCUGUUCUAGUGAGGGGCCCCAGAAACAGGUGUCACCAAAGAGUCCAGCAGCCGAGCUUCUGAGGCAGAAAAAGAGUCAGGCCGCUGCCGAGCGCGAGGAGAACCACAGGAUGAUAGUGUGCAACCAGGUGAUGAAGUUCCUGCUGGACAAGAUCGAGAAGGACGAGAAGCAGGCAGCGAGGCGGCGCCGGAAAGAAGAGGUGGUGGAGCAGAAGCGCUCACGGCAAAACGCCACCAAGCUCACCGCGCUGCUCUACAAGCACAAGGAGCAGCUGAAGUCUGAGAUCCUCAAGAAACGCGCCCUGCUGGACAAAGAGCUGCAGCUGCAGGUCCAGGAUGAACUGAGGCGGGACAUCGCUCGGCUGCAGAAGGAGAAGGAGAAGGCUCGCACGGCCAUCGCUCAGGCGGCAGCGACUUUGAAGGUGGCACCCAAGUCCUCGCACUCAUCCCACUCCGCACAUCCGUCAACGCACAGUGUCCACCCUACGUCUUCCUCCUCGACACACAAACGGAAGAGGGAUGAGGACCGGGACAGAGAGCGGCACAGAGACCGCGAGAGACAUCACGACAGGGACAAGAAGCGGGACAGAGACAAAGACCGGGACAGAUAUCGGGACAAAGACAAAGACCGGGAGAAGGAGAGGGAACGGCACAGAGACCGGGAGAAGGACCAGGAGCGGCACCGGGACAGAGACCAGGAGAGAGACGCCAGCUCGUCUAAACAUAAGAAGAAGAAGAAACCGGCGUCGACCUCAAAAGACCACAAGGACAACAAGCUCUACUGCGUCUGCAAGACCCCCUACGACGAGUCCAAGUUCUACAUCGGCUGUGAUCUCUGCUCCAACUGGUUCCACGGAGCCUGCGUGGGCAUCACAGAGAAGGAAGCCAAGAAGCUGGAAGACUUUGUGUGCAACGACUGCAGACGAGCCCAAGAGGGCUCCGGCGAGGAGCUUUACUGCAUCUGCAGGACGCCCUACGACGAGUCCCAGUUCUACAUCGGCUGCGACCGCUGCCAGAACUGGUACCACGGGCGCUGUGUGGGCAUCCUGCAGAGCGAGGCCACGCACAUCGACGUCUACGUUUGCCCACAGUGCCAGUCCACCGAGGACGCCAUGACGGUCCUCACACCGCUCACAGACAAGGACUACGAGGGUCUGAAGAGAAUACUGCGCUCCUUACAGUCUCACAAAAUGGCCUGGCCCUUCUUGGAACCUGUGGACCCGCACGACGCGCCUGACUACUACCGGGUCAUCAAGGAGCCUAUGGACUUCUCCACGAUGGACCUCCGUCUACAGAAGCGGCACUACAACAAGUUGACCGAGUUUGUCGCCGACGUCACCAAAGUCUUCGACAACUGUCGAUACUACAACCCCAACGACACGCCGUUCUUCCAGUGUGCCGAGGUCCUCGAGGCCUUCUUCGUCCAGAAGCUCAAGAGCUUCAAAGGCAGCAGAUUGUCUGGCUCUUAGAGGGGCCUGGCUAGCCGGGGCGGACCGGCGGCUGGGAUCUCUCGUACUAACUCCUACACACACACGAGCACUUAAAAAUAGGUCCAUCAGAACUGACGCCACUGCGGCAGCCAUGUUGGCGCAUCAUGACCGAGCAUCCGAAAUAACGCAUAGUCAUGUUCUUGUUUAGGUUUUAAGAAAGUUGUUUUAAUCUCGUCUGGAAGUUCAAACUUUUAAUCAGAUUUUAUUCUCCAGAUGUUUUUGUUCAGUUCAUGUUGCAUUCAAGUCAACUCAUAAACCCAAGUUCUCUUCAGCCGUUUCAAAGUGAAACGUUGUUUAAACAGAGUGACAGACGUGUGGUAAAAAUGAUGAGCAAGCAAGCUGUUGUCCGAUAACACUUUCAAGCAGAUUUCAACAAGCGACUGUGGAAGAAACUGUUCAGACACAAUUACAUUGAAAGAAGAAAUUCAUCUUGAAUUGAGAUGAAUGUGAGUCUGUGUCAUGGCUUGAGUGAGGAUGUCCUCCUGACCUGGUCACAAGCAAAUGAACACAGCAGCACUCCCAAAAAGAAGCUUCUGACUCACAAGUUUCCACAAACGUGACUCGGUCUGGAGCAGAGUAAAAGCAAUGGCUCAGAUCAACAUGGCUGCCGCGUGCCCGGUCGUCCUAUAGACUUUGGUGUUGAGGGUUCUCAACUGUCCCUCUCUCCCGUCCAGGUCUCAUAACAACAAACUUCAGUCUCCGGCCUCUUAGACUCGUAGCCACCGGUCUGUCCAACUCUCAUAGGGACCUUUGUUACGGACCGGACCGGAGUUCCUGGCGGGCCGAUCAGAACAGUUUACCUCGAAGAAAAGACUCAAACUUCCAUCUGCCUUUUUUUGUCGUCUUCAAAAGUGUUUCUUGGGUUUUCCGCUCGCUGUUAUAUAGUCCGAGGAGGUAGGACGCCCGGUUCCGGAGCAGAGACCGUCUACCUGAGUGCAGUAAUAAGCUACGUGGGCUUCGCUGUGGCGACGCCGGCCGUAAGGAUUCAGUGUGUUUGUACAAAAAACUGUCGACUUGAUUUCUUUAAUUUUUUUGUAUCACAACUGAAGAAUUAUUGAUGUUUAUGGAACUUAAUAAAAUAUGAAAGACUGA